AUGAGCACCUUCCACAGACCGCCAUUAACUGCAUUCAAGGACAGCAGUGAAAAGAGUAACCUUCUUCGGAUUCGAGAGAAGGAGAGAGGCAACCAAGAAACUCACCUGGAGAAAGAGGUGUCUGCUGAAAAGAUGCCACUGUUUGGAGAGCCCUACAAGACUAAAAAAAGGGAUGAGUUGUCGCGUCAGAUACAGAACGUACUAGGAGACUACGAAGAUAUGAAGGAGUUAUGGAGAUCUAUGUCUUGUACUCAGUGUCCAAAUGGUUCUGAAGACAGCCGGGGGAAGCCGAAAUAUCCUUUAUUUCAUGACAGGGAAAGCCUUGAAUCCAACUCCUGUUGCAUGCACAUCUACCACAAGCUUUUCUGUACUUCUGCCCAUGGAUCACCUUUUGUUGGUAACAUUAGCCACAGUUCAAAGAUGGCACCACCAAGGAUGGAGCCAGUGCCAAGUCUCCAUACCGAAAACUAUGGUCCACCCGACAAACAGCAUCUGACUCGAGAUCGCCUCAGUCAGGAGGGGCACUCUUCAAACCACAAAAAGUGUGACCGCAGAGCUGAUGGUGACUCAGCUCCGGGUAAAAAACUCUCACCCUUAAUCUCCCCUGUGUCCCAUUUGUCACCUGCACAUUCCAGACUGCAAAGAACCCGCAAGGUUUACAGCAGCAGUAGCACUAGCAAUAAAGGCUACUGUGCAGACACGUCUUCCAAGGACCCGAAGGUGAAGGUUCAAGAUAACGAGACUCCUGUUGACACUUCAGUGGUAAUUACCAGACUUGGGGUGGCCUCUCAAACAUUUCCACCCCCUCCUCUCCCCUCAGAAAGCGUUGCAAUGCAGCAGAAGCCCAUGACAUGUAUCUGGCCCACAGACGGUCAGAAUCAGGCUCCCAGUGAGUCCUUGGGCCUGAAGCAGCCACUGGAAGACAAUGGUCAGCAGAGCUUCGAAAAACUGGAUGUAAAAAUGCCAGCCAAAGCCAAACUCACCAGACUGAAGAUAUCUUCACAGUCGGAGUCGGUGGAGCAGUUGUUCUUCAAUGAAGUCCGCUGCAUUGAGGAGAUUCUGAAGGAAAUGACCCAUUCGUGGAUCCCUCCUCCGACAACCAAGCAUACACCCAGUAGGGCCAAGACAUCCAGAUCUCCUUUCCCUACAAAGGAGCCUCUGCCCAAUAGUUCUGCAACCCAAAGCCAAAAUCAAUACGAUCCACCUUCCAAAAUUUUUCCCAAUUCCCAGCAAGGAACAUCCAUACUCUGGGAGGACCUGCAGCUCAGUGAUAGUGAAGAGAGCGACACAGAACAAACAGCAGGGAAGUUUCCAUCCCUAUCUGCACCUCCAAGUGCUCCCCAGAUUCUCCCCAAGCCGGUGGUGUCAGCACAUUCCAGUAGUGCAAAGUCGGAAAACAAGGGUGAAAACCGCAACACUGACCAGCUACACCCUGAGUCCAAAGGCUCUCCCCGCAAGAGUUCCAGCAAAGGUGUCCAAGAUCCCACUGAAGGGCCCCAACCUGAAGAGAGGAGCUGCCAGAAAUCCCCUGCCCAACAGGAGUCCCCACCUCAGCAAACUAUUGAAACCAAACAACCCAGAAAACCUGCUAAGGGCUCUGGCCAAGCAGAGCCCCAGGCCUGUUUGCAGGUGGAAAGUAAACCAGGACCCCUUCCUUCUGAAUCAAAAAAACAGACUUCCAAAGACAAAACCAAGAUGAAGGCAAAAGGCAGGGAGCCUAAGCCUGAAGCUAGCAUGCCCAACCAUCAGGCAGCCGAGCCAGCCCCUAAGGAGAAAAGGAAGCACAAGGGUUCCCAGGCUCCCUUAAAGGUGCCCUCAGGCCCUCAGCCACCAAAGGACAAAGCUCAAAACAGGAACUCUUUCACUCUGCCUCACAGUGGUAGGGGCUGCAGUGGCAGCAGCAGUGGCAGGUCUAGCGACUGCCAACAAACUGCAAAUGUCCAGGAAGAAGGUCAAAAGAGAGACACCGAAUUGCUCUCACCGCUCAGGGACUCUCCACUACCAACGAGUUUGGUAGUGAAGAAGAUAAACCUAGAUCAUCUCACUCAGAUUCCCCAGCCCCUGGGGAAGGGUGGCAGCCCUAGGAAAGCAGAAGACAGGCAGCCGCCAGCAGAUAAGAAGCAAGACUCUGAAAAGAGAGACUGCAAUGGCUCCAGCAGACUGAGCAAGAAGAGAAAGGGCAGCGACUCAGAAAAAGACCAUGCCAGCAAGAAAAUCAGAAGUGAGAAAAAUGUCCAGUCACAUUGUACUUCUUCUUCCUCUUCCCAUACUGAAUCUUCCAAAACAAAGACUCCAAACCCUCCUGAAGAGUCCUCAAGAAAAGAAAUGUCUUCUCUGCCACCUUUGUCAGCCUCUUCCUCCUCCCAGAAGUCAACCAAAACUGCACGCAAGAAGCCAAAGCCGGAUGUAGACACCUGUGGUCAGGACCCUCCCAAAAGUGCAGGCAGUGCCAAUGCCAAUGACCAGGACUCUUCUGUUCCCAAGCACAGAAAAGUGCCGAAAGUGCAGGCCAGGGGCUUGGAAUACAAAGGGUCUUCUAGAGAAGCCACAAAUGCGUUCCUAGUGCCUUCUUUGCCAGAGGGUAACUGUAAACCAGGGAAGCCACAAGUGAAACCUUACAUGCAGAAAGCUGACUUUUACAUGAAGGCAGCUAAAAGGUUGAAGUGUGAAGCAGCGGCAAUGACGAACAAGAUCAAAAAGGCCUUCAAGUAUUUGGAAGCUGUCCUGUCUUUAAUUGAGUGUGGGAUGGCCAUGGAGUCAGAAAGCUCAGUAAAGGCAGCGUACGCUGUCUACUCAGAAACUGCAGACCUCAUUAAGUUCACGAUGUCAUUAAAAUCCUUCUCGGAUGCCACGGUGCCAGCACAAGAAAUGAUCUUUGCCGUUUUAUGUUUGCGUUGCCAGUCACUGGUGAACAUGGUGAUGUUUCGCUGUAAACAGGACGUAGUAAUGAAGUAUUCUCACUCUCUUAGUGACCACUUCACCAAUUCUUCUCUAUGCACAGGUAUUCCGUCCUCCCUCUCCCCAGUGCCUUCUCCUGACAGAUCUGUCAGGUCCCAGUCAAGCGCUGGUGGGAUGACGGCCACCAUCCGUGUCCCAGUCACCAUCCAGAACAAGACCUUUGCCUAUUUCACCAUCACAAACCACCUCCUUAAAGCCUUCGAACUCUGGGAACAGUCAGAGGCCCUUACAGAGAAGAAUAAAAAAUUCUUUGCUCAGCUCAGCACAAAGGUGCAAAUCUUGACCCUCAACAGCAGCCGGGUGGACCUGGUGAUCUACACAAAGCAAGGUCUGCAGCGGCUGAAACAAACACUCAAAACUCCAUAA